UCUCGUCGUCUGUGUUUAUUUAUCGGUCUGGCUAGUGGUUAACCUUAUACGGAUCUUUGAAACAAAUACCAUGUCGAAAAUAAAAUGUUUUGGUUUGGUGAAGACGAGGGGAGACAACGAGGAUGUAUGCAGAAAGGCUUGAUAGACAGAUUAUACUGUAGGUGCGUUCUGUUAUGUGCAGCGCUGCGCAAAUCCAUCAACGUAAUGACAUCAAUCACGAGAGACUUCCUAAAUAAGAUAAUCCCAAACACAGACAUACUGGGGAAUGAGGCUGGGCGUGGCUUACAGUGCACGAGGAACAAAGUCACUCACGAGCGAGCAAAGUUUGAAUUGAGUCUGCCAGCGCGAGCUCGGCUCACACAGUGAGGUAGGCUACAGUGAUCAACAAUGGAUCCAGUUAAAGGCGAUGAACGCAUGACCGAGCAAGCAGCCAACCUACUGGGUUCAGGACAGCAGUCCACACGCACAGAUCAAGCAUCAAAAACAAAGUCAAGAUGCGUGAAAGUCCUCUUUGGGAUCCUUCUGCUCUGCCUGCUGGCUUUAAUCCUCACAAUCAUAUUUAUACUGAAAAGCCGCUGUGAGAAAGUUAACAGCUGUAAAAAUCGCUGCGUGUCUGGAAGCCGCGAUGCUAAUUCUGCAUGCCGCUGUGAUGCUGCCUGUGUCAAUGAAGGCACCUGCUGUCUGGACUAUGAGGAAGUGUGCGUGGAACCAACUCAACGUUGGACUUGUUCUAAAUUCCGCUGUGGUGAGGAGCGUCUGGACGGCAGUCUCUGCUCUUGCUCUGCAGACUGUGUGACAGCGGGUGACUGCUGUUUAAACUACAAGAGCUUGUGCGAAGGUGAAAAAACGUGGCUUGUCGAGGACUGUGAGGACAUCCGAACUCCACAGUGCCCUGCAGGAUUUUCCAAACCACCUUUGAUCCUGGUCUCUCUGGAUGGAUUCAGGGCUGGGUACUUGGACGCUUACAGCGGUUUACUGCCCGUCAUCAGCAAACUCAAGAAAUGUGGGACCUCUCCACCAUAUAUGCGACCUGCUUACCCUACCAAAACCUUCCCAAAUCAUUACACCAUUGUGACAGGUUUGUAUCCAGAAUCUCAUGGAAUUGUGGACAAUAAGAUGUAUGAUGUCACUCGUAAUGCCUCUUUCAGUUUGAGAGCAGAUGAGAAAUUUCAUCCCUCAUGGUACCAGGGUGAACCAAUUUGGAUCACAGCCAUGAACCAGAACCUUAAAACCGCAACUUUCUUCUGGCCUGGAUCUGAUGUAAAAGUCCAUGGAAAAUACCCAGAUUUCUGGAUGAUGUAUGACAGGAACAUCCCAUUUGAAAGGAGGGUUACACAAAUUUUUGAAUGGUUGAGUUUGCCCGAAGGAAGGAGGCCAGACUUUUACACCCUAUACAUGGAAGAACCGGAUUCUGCUGGGCAUCGUUAUGGACCAAUGAGCAGCCAGGUUAUUGAAGCUUUACUAAGAGUUGACAAAAUGAUUGGCCUGCUGAUGGAGGGUCUCAAGGCGAGACAGUUGGAUAAAUGUGUGAAUUUUAUUCUUCUGUCUGACCAUGGCAUGGAGGAAGCGUCAUGUAAAAAGGCUGCGUAUGUCUCCAAAUAUCUGAAAAACACAGAUGACAUCACUGUCAUCCAGGGGCCUGCGGGCCGGGUACGGCCGAAAAAUGUGCCUGAUGAUUUUUAUACCUUCGAUUAUGAUGGUCUGGUGAAGAACCUCUCGUGUCAGGAAACUAAUCAGCCAAUGAGACCCUAUCUAAAGGAGCAUCUGCCCAAGCGCUUUCAUUUUGCCAAGCACAUACGUAUAGAGAGAGUUCAUCUGUACAUGCAGUCACAAUGGCAGGCAGCACUGCAGCCCAGUGAAAUUAAAUACUGCAGUGGAGGCUUUCAUGGCUCAGAUAAUGUUUUCAAGAACAUGCAGACGAUUUUUAUUGGAUAUGGACCAGGAAUGAACUAUAAGAAAACCGUGGCUCCGUUUGAGAACAUUGAAGUUUAUAACCUCCUCUGUGAUUUAAUGGGUAUCAAUCCUGCACCCAAUAAUGGAACGCAUGGAAGUUUAAACCAUUUGCUGAAGAACCCCCCCUACCAUCCGGUGUAUCCUGCAGAGCGUUCGGGAUCAGCGACCUGUACCCCUGCCAGCGGGACUGUGCCCGACCCCCGUGGUUGUACAUGUGACUCCCUCACUGAGCAAGAGUUGAGUCGUCUCAACCAACGUCUGAUCAAUUCAAAUUCCAACUCAAAUGUGAAAACUCUUCAUUUACCAUUCGGAGUCCCGGGGGUUCUUCAGGAGAAGUGUGAUUACUGUAUCCUCUACCACAACGCAUACAUCAGCGCGUACAACAAAAAAACUCGGAUGCCUCUGUGGGUCUCAUAUUCGCUGAAUGCAACGGUCAGCGUGCAGCCAUCUGCAGACACGUGUGUUCGUGCUGAUAUGCGUGUGGAGGCCAGCGCCAGACAGUCCUGCUCAUCAUAUAAAAACAAUCCGCUUAAGACCAUGGGCCUUCUGCAUCCGCCUAAUUUCAGCCCUGCAGGAACUGAGCCAGACUCUUUAAUCACAAGCAAUAUGGUGCCCAUGUAUUUGGCUUUCAAAGAUACUUGGGAUCACUUCCACAAUGUUCUGCUUGUGAAGUAUUCACAAGAGCUGAACGGCAUCAAUGUCAUGAGUGGACCGAUAUUUGAUUCCGACACAGAUGGGAUCUAUGACUUUUUGAACACGGAAAAAACAGUUAAGGAGCACAUCCCUACACAUUUCUUUGUGAUUCUUACUAGCUGUAGAAACUCUACCUUUCCUGUCCUGAAAUGUGACGGUCCUCUGGAUGCUUUAGCCUUCAUUCUACCACAUCGAAGUGAUCACCUAGAAACAUGUCAUAAUGGCACUGACUUUUCAUGGGUCCAGGAUUGGGUUCAGCUUCACGUGGCGAGAGUCCGAGACGUCGAGCUUUUAACAGGCUUGAGCUUUUACCACGACCAGAUUUCUGUUGCUGAAACAUUACAGCUGAAGACUUUUCUCAAAACAUUUUAGGACAACGAGAAUGUGGAUCUAAUUUUAAUGUCUGGUUCUCACCAUCAACAGAGUGAAUCAUUUCAGGAAACUUCACCAGAUCCGAACCCCGGAGACUUUUUGAUGUCUUGAAAUGGAAAAAGUGUCUAGUACAUUUUUAUUGUCUGACGAAAUCUAUUUAUUUUUGAUGAAGAACUUGUUGUUGUAGUCUUAUAACUAAAAAUGUGCCAUAUGCAAUGGAACUGUUAUCUGUUUUUGACACACAUAUGGUAGUGAUUUGGCUGUGGGUGUACUUGCUUUCAGCGGAUUCCAAAACUCCAGGCCAAAAAUAAAUAAAUCAAGUGCAUCCGGUUUUCCCUGCAAACGACAAGAAAGCCACAUGUUUUAAAGGAAUAACAUUUUAACUGUUCUGGUUGUUGUUUUGGUCUUACGACAAAUCUUAACAAAUACUCUUUACAGCAGCUGGUGAAGUGUUCGACCCGUUUUCUAACUGUUUUGAAGACAGCCGUCACAGCCCUGACUGCAUCUUAAUGGCAUAUCAGACAAAAGCAACAUAAUAUGUACCAUGUGGAUUGUUUUCCAGACUUUUGGUGCAUUCACUUUCUCAGGUCACUUUUGAUAAUAAAUCAACAUUCUUUAUUACAUUUGUCCUUUACGUAA